GAUACACGGACAGAAGUAAAUGGUACAUUUACCAGUUACCACUGGACUUUGGUUGUGCAAGUAAAUGGGAUUUACAUUUAGCAGUUAAGUUUGCCUGUGUGAUGUUUGUUGUCACCCAAAGUGGCUGUAGUUUAGUGGUAAGAAUUCCACGUUGUGGCCGUGGAGACCUGGGCUCGAAUCCCAGCAGCCACAUUCUUUUUUUAUUUCUAUUCAUAAUUUAUAUGGGCCUGUAAUUGUUUAUAUUUUUGCUUACAAAAACUUGGCACUGCUGGGCCUAUGUACAUAUUUAUUACUAGUAUAAAAUGAAGAACGUAAUGGAUAAAUAAUUAAUAUACAAAAACUUAUAUGUGAAAAAACAUUUAUAUUCGAUAGAAUUAGUCAAUGUCAAUAAUGAUUAGAUGGAAACAAAAUAAAUCAUAUGAUCGUGGACAUAAGGAAAUGGAUGAAAUUUUGACUAAAAUAUUAAUUACAGUAUUUAUCCCGAAGUAAAUCAAAUCGCCAAAUCCCCUUUGUAACGGUGUGAUUAACCCUCCUCCACUCCACCUCUCGUGUAUAUAUAUAAAGGCUUGCAUCUCAUUCCCAUCUCAUAUCAAACGUACACUCUUCACCACCUCUUUUCUUAACCGAUCUUUGCGUUUUCUUUAGAGAGAAUCUGAAACUAUGGAGCUUGAUCUUACACCAAAGCUGCCAAAGCAAGUGUACGGAGGAGAUGGAGGAUCGUACCAUGCAUGGUGUCCAGAAGAGUUGCCGAUGCUUAAAGAGGGUAACAUUGGAGCAGCAAAGCUUGCCCUUGAGCAGCACGGGUUCGCUGUUCCUCGUUACUCUGAUUCCCCUAAGGUUGCCUACGUUCUUCAAGGAUCUGGAACUGCCGGAAUUGUCCUCCCUGAGAAGGAGGAGAAGGUGAUAGCUAUCAAGAAAGGUGACUCUAUUGCUCUUCCUUUUGGUGUGGUUACAUGGUGGUUCAACAGUGAGGAAACCGAGCUUGUUAUCCUCUUCCUUGGUGAAACACACAAGGCUCACAAAGCAGGACAGUUCACUGACUUCUACCUCACCGGCUCAAACGGAAUCUUCACCGGUUUCUCCACUGAGUUUGUAGGGAGAGCAUGGGAUUUGGAAGAGAGCGUAGUGAAGACACUUGUCGGUUCUCAAACUGGUAAAGGCAUUGUGAAGCUGGAGGCCGGUUUCAAAAUGCCACAACCUAAGGUGGAGGACCGUGAUGGGUUUGUGCUGAACUGUUUGGAAGCUCCUCUUGAUGUAGACAUCAAGGACGGUGGGAGAGUUGUUGUCUUGAACACCAAGAACCUUCCUCUGGUUGGGCAGGUUGGGUUUGGUGCUGAUCUUGUUCAGAUCGAUGGACAUUCCAUGUGUUCACCUGGUUUCUCUUGUGACUCGGCUCUUCAAGUGACUUACAUUGUUGCUGGUAGUGGAAGAGUCCAAGUGGUUGGUGCUGAUGGGAAAAGAGUUCUUGAGACUCAUAUCACAGCUGGUUCUCUCUUCAUUGUUCCAAGGUUCUUUGUGGUUUCAAAGAUUGCUGAUCCUGAGGGCAUGUCUUGGUUCUCCAUCGUGACUACUCCCGAUCCAAUCUUCACACAUUUGGCUGGGAGGACAUCGGUUUGGAAGGCAUUGUCCCCAGAGGUUUUGCAAGCUGCGUUUAAGGUUGAUCCAGAGGUGGAGGAGUCCUUCCGCUUUAAGAGAACUUCGGACGCCAUCUUCUUCCCUCCUUCCAACUGAAGAAGGCAAAGAGAGAACAAGAACCAGCUUUAUCAUUAAUCGUUGUUGUUUUUUUCUUAUUAGGGUUUCUCAUUGCUUGUGAUUCACGAAAGUAUUUUCGCUUUGCAUUUCUUCCUUGUGAUUUUCCUGGACCGGUUCUUGUUCUCUUUGUUCAGCUUUUAAGGUUUCUUUAUUGAAAUAAAUAAAACAAUCUAUCAUGU